AUGCGGCUUGCACUUCUUGCUGAACAGGUCAGGGUACACUUUGCCAUGAUUCUUUAUUGGCAACAUGGAAUGCUUUCCUGGCUCUGUUCAGUGAGUGUGAUCCCAGCUGGUGGUGGCUCUUCUUCAUACAGUGUUCUCCCUGGCUAUCAGAGUGAACUGACCAUGGACAACGAUGAUCAACAAAUUGGAGUUGCUAAAACUCAGGGGAAGUAUUGGGGCAUUUUCAUGUGCUGGCUUUUUGGAAAUGGAUGUCUAUUUGGGUUCAAUGGGAUGCUUACAAUUGAAGAUUACUACGUGUACCUCUUCCCGGCAAAUGUCAAUACUAGGGUGCGCAACUUGGCAGGAUACAUGCUAUUCUUCUUGAGCUCAUUUGGAGUGGUCAUUCUGGAUGUUUUGUCUUCAGGAAGUGGUGGAAUUGCCCCAUUCAUUGGUUUCUGUAUCAUUGCUGCUGCUUUUGGCAUAGCAGACGGUCAUGUUCAAGGCGGAAUGACUGGUGAUCUGUCCCUGAUGUGCCCAGAAUUCGUCCAGUCUUUCUUUGCCGGCGUGGCUGCAUCAGGUGCAAUAACCGCAGCAUUAAGGUUCUUCACAAAAGCCGUUUUUGAGAAUUCCAGAGAUGGCCUGCGGAAAGGAGCUAUGCUGUUCUCUUUGAUCUCAUGCUUCUUUGAGCUUCUAUGUGUUCUACUUUAUGCUUUGGUAUUCCCGAAGUUGCCAAUUGUGAAAUUCUACCGUUCAAAAGCUGCCUCUGAGGGGUCUCAGACAGUCACAGCUGACCUUACUGCUGGAGGCAUCAAAAGCCUGCCAAGUCCAUUGGCUGAGGAAGAUCGUGUGUUUGAACGGUUGAACAACAAGCAGUUGCUGCAGCAGAACAUGGACUAUGCUCUGGACAUGUUCCUGAUCUAUGUCCUGACACUGUCGAUUUUCCCAGGGUUUUUGGUGGAAGACACUGGAUCGCACAGCUUGGGUUCUUGGUACGUGCUUGUUUUGAUUGCGAGCUUUAACGUGUCGGACCUGAUCGGAAGAUACCUACCUCUGAUCGAGCAAAUCAAGCUGACAUCCAGGACAGGGCUACUAAUCGCAGUCAUCUCUAGAUUCCUGCUCAUCCCCGCGUUCUACUUCACGGCAAAGUACGGUGACCAGGGCUGGAUGAUCAUGUUAACGUCGUUCCUUGGACUGAGCAACGGCCAUCUCACCGUCUCCAUCCUCACCGAGGUGCCAAAAGGCUACAAGGGACCAGAACAAAAUGCUCUGGGGAACCUGCUGGUGCUUUUCCUCUUGGCAGGCAUAUUUGUUGGCGCUGUUUCUGAUUGGCUGUGGCUCAUAGGCAAAGGGUGCGAGUGGCUCAGUGCUGACUGCUGCAACAGCAGAAUUGAGGGAGUUAGUUUCUUGAUGAACGGCCUAAGGUGCAGGCCGGGGACUCAAAAUGUUAAAAUACUUCCACUUGCCACUGAACAAUGGGACCAUCAAAGUGACUACAAAGCAUGGCGUACGAGAAAGAAGACCCUGCACUUGCUGCAAAUCAGGGAAAACAUUUGGGCAUUUUCAUCUGCUGGCUUCUGGGGAAUGGAUGCCUCUUUGGGUUCAACAGGCAUGCUUACUAUUGAAGAUUACUACAUAUACCUCUUCCCAAAGUAUCACCCCACUAGAGUUGUUACGCUUACAUAUCAACCAUUCGUCCUCGCCACAACUGCCAUAUUCACGUAUCAUGAGGCAAAGGUCAACACUAGGUUGCGCAAUUUGGCAGGGUACACACUAUUCUUCUUGAGCUCAUUUGCAGUAAUCAUUCUGGAUAUUGCAACUUCAGGAAGAGGUGGAAUUGCCCCCUUUGUUGGCAUAUGUAUCAUUGCUGCUGCUUUUGGGGUUGCUGAUGGUCAUGUUCAAGGUGGGAUGACAGGUGAUCUCUCUCUGAUGUGCCCAGAGUUCAUCCAGUCCUUCUUCGCUGGACUGGCUGCAUCAGGAGCGAUAACCUCUGCGCUGAGGCUUGUAACUAAAGCAGCUUUCGAGAAUUCCCGAGAUGGACUUCGCAAAGGAGCUAUGCUCUUCUCCUCAAUAUCAUGCUUCUUUGAGCUGCUUUGUGUCCUGCUAUAUGCUUUCGUCUUUCCCAAGCUGCCAAUUGUGAAGUUCUAUCGUUCAAAGGCAGCUUCAGAGGGAUCUUUGACAGUAGCUGCCGAUCUUGCUGCUGGUGGCGUGGAAAAUAGCUAA